AUGGAACAACAAAAUAAACACGAAGGUCCUUCUUUAUUGGAAUAUGCCCGAUUCCACGGAAUCGCAGCCGAUUUCACCAGUGCCAACAACGCCCUCGAAUAUGUCAAUCAAAUACAUGAAAUCGCUUCUGAAGACCUAACGUCUCAUGAAGAAAACGUGGCUACAUUUGAAAGUCACCUAUCUACCGUCCAGUCAAGGAUUGAACAAGACCUACGCAAAGAGAAGCUCGACCUCAGGAAAGAAGAUGCCCGUUUUCUGUCUAUGAUUAUCCGCGAUGUGAAAGCAGAGCAAAUAGAUAUCGACUGGGAUAGUCUUCUUCCGUCUUUUAAUCGGAUUCGACGUCUUAAGGUCGAGACUCCGAUACUCCACAUUGAUUCUGACACGGAUAUUCUGUCCCUCAAGAAACCUGUCUCUUACGAUCAUGAUGAUAUCGAAUUACCGCCUGCUGAGAAGUAUCCACGGGAUUGUCAGAUGGAUAUUCUCGAUAGCUUCCUGGGAAUGGCCGAUAAGACCAUAGGGAAUAUGAAGAUGGAGAAACUUGACUGCACCAAGGACAGUCUCGUCAUGAUACAAAAUGCUAGGAAGUGUGUCGAUCUUUCCUUGGGGGAUAUAGAAGAACCUCUUGGGACUCUUUUAGGCUCAUGCCAGAUGAAGCCCCUUGAGCCUACAUUCUCUCCGCUUGUCCCCUGGAAAUUCGAGGAAGAGCUCCAUGUAAAUCCAUCGCCGAUUACAAGCCCAUAUAUGCUACCUAGUCCUGUCUCCUCCGAUCCUCUCGAAAGAUCUGAACAACAAAGCAGAACUCUGAAAACCGCUAUACUGGCUUCAAAGUCACCAGCUGAACAUAUUGAUGAGCAGACAAAAAUUGUCCAAUUUAAUGGGAAUGAGAUACAAGACACUGCCCAUGACCAGCCUUGUGGCUGGAAAUCCCCAGGCCCCUUCGAAGGACAAGCACGGAGUGAAUACACUACGGAUGGACCGGUUUAUACAGAUAUGACUGAAGAAAAUGGAAAGGAAAUAAUAUCCUUGGUUUCCAUUUCACCAAGAAGAAGUCCAUAUGUUAACCGUUUUACGACUGGAGAGGACACGGAUUCUCACGCAAUAUAUGUUUCCGGCUCCCAGCCAGCAGAGUUACAGACUCAAUAUAAGGUAGAGGAAACACCUCCUCAGACCCUCCAUAUAGGACAAGAAGAAGAAAAAUAUCAAAAAGAGCCAUUCUAUGAAGGGGUCUUGACGGCCGAAGCUCCCCAUCCUAGCACAAAAAACAUUGGGGGUGUAUUGAUGACCUCAACGCCAACAGAAUAUACAACGCGGAAGCAACAUAGACAAACCACUAUACCUAGUGACAAUGACACACAGCUAUCUGAGCUACCAUCUGCAACUCAGAGCCAGAAGAUAUAUCCUGAUAUGAAACGGCAUCUACCACCUACCCAUACAGAAACCCGCCAGUCCCCACGACGAAAGAAAGGAAAACACAAGAAAGCUCAUUCGAUCCCACAAAAACAACGCAAUCCGAGCGGCAUGAAGGUAACAUCCGUGGCUGAUGAUCCCUUUGAAGGCCCAGAACAAUCAACAGCUUUCACAGCCUUGGGCUCAUUAUCCGCGUACAUGGAGACAAGGGGAAUAGGGCCGAAGCCGAAAGUCGUUGGGAAAAGUCCAUACUUCUCAGAUAAUAAAUCGAAAGCUGUUACCAAUAAAGAGAAGACUCCGGAAGACAUGAUUGAUGGAUGUAUCGACCAGAGAAAAACAGAUGAUCUUUGUCACACGAUGUCAAAGAUCUCAACACGUCAGAUUCCGCAGUGCCACAGAAAAGGUAAAGAACCGCCUUCACUUUUCCUCUCAACAGCACUUUUCAAGACCCAUCUCCGAGUCGUACGGGCUCUUGAAGAAAUGGAUACCCCACCAAGACUCAUAUACCGUGAUUAUGAUACCAACUCGCAACAUGGACAAGCUAAGAUCCAAUGCAGCUCAUCCAUCCCUAGACACGAUCCUCCAUCAGAAGCAGAUAUAAUAGUGUCACCCACUACCGGUAUCAUAUUGACAACAUCACAAGCAAUGACACAGCUAUACCUACCGGGCCACAAACCCUAUCAUCCUCAGAUGAAUAGCAUCCAAUGCGUUAACUCCCCUCUUCGAGAACGUAUAAUAAGCCUUGCUCUGCGCUAUGAACAAUUAUACGUCUUUUUAUGCCAUUCCGUGCCAACCACCAAGAAAUCUCAGGGUAAAAGCGCAAUUCCAACAGCAGACAAACGAACAUUAGCAGCCCUAGCAUCCUUGACUGUCUUUUGCACUUCAGCCUCUGCCUAUUCGACAAUCAUCCCGCUGGUAAUCCCUCCACCCCCAGAAACCGUGGCAGAAUGGAUUCUCGCGCUUUCAUAUAAACAUAGCUUCCGACUCCGUGAUACUGGGGUCGAGUCAUCUAAAAGCAUUGGCUUUACACCGGUCAAUCCAGGCCACAAAGUGCGAUUCGAACUAGCUGGCAUAGAGAAUGAAACGCGCUGGGAACAGUUUCUCCGGCAGGCGGGGUUGAAUCCCUUCGCUGCACAAGCUAUACUGGCUGUUCUCAGAGAGGAAAGGAAGGAAGAGUUGGCGAUGAUGCACUUGAGAGGUGAUAUGCUCGGUCACGCUGAGAGGAACGUUGGCGGUCUUGGUAGAUUCAUUGAGAUGCCCUCAAUGCAGCGAAGACAAGUAUUUGGAGAGUUGAUAGGGCAAAGGGUACUGAAGAGGGUCGAGGAUAUAAUUGACAAGGACUGGCAUUGCGACUGGGCGUUAAAUUUUGAUGCCAACGGUGGGUUAUAA